AUGACUAAUAAACUUGAAAAACUCGCGGAUAAGUUGGAUUCGAUGAAAAUCUCAACUCCGAAAAUCCCAAUUAUUCAGGCAAUUUUGGACACUUUGAGAUCGCCAAUCAAAGAAAUUGCAUUGGAAUUCACCGAAAAUGAAACGAUCCUCUACAUUUGCACAAAAUACAAGGAAAAAACCGAAAACGCGAAUUUGAAAUGAGAAAAUUUGAUUGUCUACGGCUCUUCUCUGCAGAAAUACCGCGACAUGGAGCUGAAAAUCGACGGAAAACAGCAUUUUCAGUUGGCGUUGGCCGAUUUGAAGGAAAUUUUCGAGCAGAAGCUGGAAUUGCAGAAGAUCUGCAUCAGACAGACCCAGACACAGAAGAAUGCUCCGAUUUUGUUGGACUGGUUCAAGAAACACUCGUUCAAGCCGAUUUCCACGAAGAGAAUCUUUUUUAUCGGAAUGCCGCUCGCCACAAUGUCAUCAAUUCUCGCGUAUUUUAAAUCGGGAACUCUUGAAAAAAUUACAAUGGUGUGGGCAUUUGAACCCUAUGAUACGCAGAGACUUUUCGCGAUGGAUCAGUGGAAAAAAGCAAAAAUUCUCCACUUUUGCGGUGGUGAUGAAACAGAUCCGGAGAUUGCAAUCGAUAAUCUUUUUAAUUUCAAGCGAUUCGAUAUUUUUCUCGAUAAUGUUACCGUUUCCGAUGCAGAGAAGAUUAGAGAUACUAUCAUGAGAUCCAAGCAUUUCGAGCACUGCAAAAUUUACACCAGGAAGCAACGAGACGAAUCGAGAGUUCAUGCCAUCGCUGAUGUUCUUAAGCUCGCCCCAUAUCAUCGAAAAUUCCGUUUCCGAUACUCUGUCGACGAUUAUGAGCUUGUGAUCGACAAGGAAUUAGUUUAA